AUGAGGAAUCUCCGCAAACUCGCACUAAUUGCUUUCGCCACAAGUGCUGUCGCAACGAUUGCCCAGGAUGUUUUUAAACCAGCUGAUUUCAACGUUACAAAAGCACUUAUUGACAACGGCUUUAAUGUGUCCGCCAUGCCAGGGCUGUCCAACUUAGUCGAACGGUCUUCGCUGGAAGGCUGCUCGAUUGCCUGCGAUUCUUUGAAGUUCGUCUUUGGAGACUCGAAGCUAUCACAAGAAGCUCCGACAACAUACUGGUCGCAACAGCCGCUCAGUGUAAAGCCCCGUUGUACAUUCAUUCCAACAGCAGCCUUGGAGGUGUCGACUCUAGUUUUACUUUCACGCUUGACGCAGUGUCCGUUUGCGGUCAAAAGUGGGGGACAUGCUGCGUUUCCUGCAUCGAGUAUUGAGGGCGGUAUUACGGUCGAUCUGGUGAAAAUGAACAAGCUCGUGCUAUCUGCUGAUAAUAAAACUGUUGCUGUCGGUCCCGGAAACCGCUGGAAAGAAGUUUACGACCACCUCACUCCUUACAAUCUUGCAGUAGUUGGUGGACGCUCUUCGACGGUCGGAGUAGGUGGUCUCACGCUCGGCGGUGGCAUCAGUCACCACAAUGACAAGUACGGCCUAGUAUGCGACAACAUCGCAUCAUACGAGGUCGUUUCCGCAUCUGGAGCAAUUAUUACCGUCAGCGAAAAAACGUACCCUGACCUAUACUGGGCUCUCCGAGGCGGCGGUAACAGUUUUGGUGUCAUUACGACCUUCAAUUACGAAACCUUUCCUCAAGGUCUCAUGUUUUCUAGCAAACGCCAAUAUAACGCCACCCACAUCCCCGCAUUGUUGGACGCUUUUGGAAACGCGGUUCAGGACGCCGAGGUGGAUACAAAGGCCGCGCACUUUGUUGCCGUUGCAUACAAUUCGGGAUACAGGAUUGCAUCUGCAGUGUACGAAUAUUUUGAUCCGGUUGACGUGUCGAAUCCACCGGACGUUCUCAACGACUAUCUUUCGAUCCCUGCUCUUAAUGAAGCCACCAAGAAUACCACAUUGGCCGAGAUUACGUUGGGGCUGACUGAAAGCAUGCCGGCCGGCUUACGCACAACAAUGUGGUCGCAAUCGUUCAAAGUCAAUACGGAGCUAAUGAAAUGGAUGAGUAACCACUUUUUCGAAAUCGUCCCUAAGUUUCCCGGUGGCGGCGCCCCCUCGAUCGCCUUCCAAGCUUUUACCAAGCCCGCGUUGAGGGCCAUGCAGAGGAAGGGCGGCAAUGCGCUGGGUCUGCGCCCGGACGAUGGACCCUUCUUCCACCCCGUUAUAUCCGGCUACGGAGGUGACAGCGUGGCAAGACUAAACAAGGUCUCGAGCAAGUACGAUCCCAAGGGUGUGUUCCAGACGUUGCAACCGACAUCGUUCAAACUCAACGGGGAAGCCCCAUUUGGCGCCGUCGUCGCCAUAUAA